GUUCAGAUACUGGAAAUGGUUCCAAUCCUGAUUUCUCAGCUGGGCCCCAGGCUUGGCCCCCGACCUUGGGUGUAUGAGGGGUGGAGAGCAGCCCUCCGAGGGGUUCCCUUCUCCAUGGAGAGCAGGAUGGCGGCUCUGGGACCCUGGAAGUCCAGCAGAGAGGCUUUUGUGACGUUUGAGGAUGUGGCUGUGGAUUUCACGCAGAAGGAAUGGAAGCUGCUGAGCCCUGCGCAGAGGACCCUGUACAGACACGUGAUGCUGGAGAACUUCAGCCACCUGGAGUCGCUGGGAAUUUCCUGUUCUAAACCAAACCUCAUCACGUGGCUGGAGGUAGAGGAAGAGCCCUGGAGGGAAGAGAGGAGACACCGGCAAGGCCCCCGGCCAGGAAAGAAGUGCUGAGAAGAUACUACUCCUGGAAAAGCACAUGGAGAUGGUGUUGGGACAGUGGGCUGGAGUGGAUGAAGCAGUCACACAGGAUAGACAGUAGAGCCCUCUCUGAUGAAGUGACCUUUGAGCAGAGCUCAGACUAACAAAACCACUAAGCCAAGCACAUUUGAAUGGCUGUAUUUAGUGUUCCUUCUGCCCAGUCAGGAAGGAGCUUUAUUCAAAGGACAGGACCAACCUCAGUCAGUGUCAGCUGGAGUGAGGGACUCAAAGUGGAAGCAACUGAGGUCUGAGCAGGAAGUGGGGUAUAGGGCCCCGCAAUCCAUGCAAAGAUGCAGUCCAUAUGUUGGGGAGCCACUGGAUUAUGUACAACGGUGACAUCUGAUGUAUUAUUUUAUCUAAGUGUCAUUGACAUAGAAUAUCCUGUUUUCAGGUGUGAUUCAUUUCAGUCCACAGUCAUUGAUUAUUUUUAUGCUUUAGAAAAUGAUCCCCAUGCUGAGACUAGUUGCCAUGUAUGACCUCACAAAUUAAUUACAUCAUCUUCCCUGUGCUGUACACUACUUCCCGUGACUUAGUUAUGUUCAGCUGGAAGUUUGCGCAGCUUCAUCCCCUCACCCUGUUUUGCCUGCGCCCAGCCCCGCCCCCACCCUUGGUGUCCUUCAGAUUCCUUGCCUGUCCGUCUGUUUCUGUUUCUGUU